UUCUAAGCAAAGGGGUUCAGCUUCAGAUAUGCUGCAUUAAGGUGGCUGCAUGAUUUCCGGUGGGCCCUGAGUCGGAUGUUCAGGCCUAGACAUCAGAAGAGAGAGAUCUGGUUUGGAGAUAAAGGUUUGGGAAUCAUCCACAUGCAGUGAUUACCCUGGGAGAGAGAAUGGAGUGAGACAAUCAGAGAGGGUAAGGCUGAGCCUUUAAAAAAAGCAAGCGGUUAGUGCACAGGGAAGGAAGAGAGCCUGCUGAGGAGGUGGACGUGUGUGGUGGCUAUUACUAACCAGAACAGCAACAUCCUGGAAGCCACAGGGGGCCAUUUCAGGAAUCAAAGAGCAGUUAAUAGUUCCGGUGCCAGAGAGAGGUCAAGCAAAGGAAGGGCCGGAAAGUGUCCUCUGAAUUUGGAUGAUGUGGUGGCAGCAAGAGCCAGACUGUGGUGGAUUUAAGGCAGUACCCUAUCGAACUGAGCCUUAAAAAUGAAUCCAGUUGUUCAACAGCCAAAAUACGGUGCAGGGGGUAUGAGCAAUGACUGGCAAACUGGCAUGUUUGGCUGUUGCGAUGACAUAGGCAUUUGCCUCUGUGGGACGUUCUUUCCCCUGUAUCUUUCAUGUCAGAUCGCCUCUGACAUGAACGAAUGCUGCCUGUGUGGAGGAAGUGUCGCCAUGAGGACCAUGUAUCGGACCCGGUACGGCAUCCCGGGAUCUAUUUGCAGUGAUUUCCUAUGGCUGUUGUGUUUCCCUCACUGUGCCCUUUGUCAGCUCAAGCGAGAUAUUGAAAAGAGAAAAGCAAUGAAUGCUUUCUAAAAGGUGCUUGAGGUCAAAUGCACAUCAUGGUGGAAGAAAAUGUUGGAAUAAAAAACUACAUUCUAUUAAGUGCUGUAUCACCUCAAAAUUUGGAGACCAAUCAGCUAAUAUGGUUUCAAAAGGUUUCAGAGCAUUUCUAAUUUCCAAGUUAUUUGGAAAGAAAUGUAUUGCAGUACUGUCCUCUAAGGUGACUUGUCAUUAAAGAAAACCAAUUUCCUCAUGG